AGAGCAAUGAGACCGAAAUCUGUUUAGGGGGGAUAAAUGAGGUCUGCUUAAAAAAUGGAAACACGAGUGUCUAUCAACACAUGGUACAGCGUGCGAAAAUCCUAUGAGGAUAUGGUCAGCCCGGUCUGCGUGGUUGGUUGACGUUAACCGUCAAUGUCUCGUCUCAGGGCGUGUAGCGGGGGAUGCAAUGCCGUUCGUUGCUUUGAGCUACAAAUAUGGUUCUGGUCCAUGGUUUAAGAUCACGAGUGCCGCGACUUUGUCUAGGCUACAGGUCCCUGGUUCAUUGGAGACGGUGGAGAUGCUAGCCAAAAUUUCGCCGAUGUUGAAACAUGCGAUGUAUUUGACGACUCAACUGGGUGAGCGUUUCCUUUGGGCGGAUGUACUCUGUAUUCCGCAUCACGAUACUGCAACUACGACUGAGCAACUAAAACUCAUGGGUGCCAUAUAUGCAAAUGCUAUUGUAACGAUCAUCGCCCUAGAUACCGAUUCCGAAGAAGGUAUCCCGGGCUUGAAGGGCAUCUCCAACUCCCGUGAGAUGAAACAAGUCGUCGUGCCCUUUGGGACCGAGAAGAUUGUAGCAAGACCAUAUGAUGUUGGCACUACAAUGUUCCAAAGGGGAAAGCUUUAUAACACGAGAGGUUGGACCUAUCAAGAGUGUAUGUUGUCCUGUCGCAAAGUAGUUUUCCACGAGAAAGAGCUCAAAUGGGUGUGUUCUUGCAACUUCUGGGGCGAGGGGCGGGCUACUGGUCUAGACAUCCAAGAACACGAUUACCAGUAUUUCAAUCGCCAGAUGGACUCAAUUCUUACAGGACUCCCGGAUACAGCGCCUCUUAACGAGAUAUUUACCGAAUUCAAUUAUAGAGAGCUCUCCAACGAUGCGGAUGCUCUUCCUGCUAUAAGCGGUCUACUUUCUGUUUUAAGUUGAUUGUUUGCUGGCGGUUUUCUGUAUGGCCUCCCAGAACUAUAUGUCAGAAAGGGAAGGCGGUGAUACUUGCGUUCCAUAUACUGGAAUGCUAGAAUCUAUAUAUAAGACCUUUAUCUAACCAAAUAACUAUAUUAUAACUUAGACUUCUAAAU